AUGGGUGGCGGAAAGUGUGGAAUGUUGGAGAAGAUUCGGAGAUUUGUACGGACGCUUCAUUUCUUAAUAAUGAUGGUGGCGUCGUUAUUGAUCCUGUGGCUUCCGGUUUUGGUAGCGAUUGGUGAUAUAUUGGUUCCUUGUUUGUUAUUAUCGAGUUUUGUUUGUGUUAGAUGUUAUAGUUUUCAGGAGCAUUUGAAUCGCUAUGAUUUUAGAAGCUCGUUGACGGAUGUGCCUGUAGUUUCUGCUAUCAGAUCGGUUAUAAUCAUAUGUGUUUAUAUGAUGUAUGAUGGGCAAUAUCUAGGAACUGUGACAUUAUGCUCCAUAAUUUCGAUUCUUGUUUUAUCGUUUAAAGCGUGUGUUUUCACCGUAAAUUCCCAUUUUGAGGCUGAAAGUUCAUCGUCUCUUUCGAAGCAAAGGCUUCAUCUGAAGAUAUCAUGGGGGAUGAAUGUUUUAUUCUUGUCAUCUGUGGUUUUUGCUCUUGGGCAUACUGUUGUUGCUUAUAGAACAAGUUGUAGAGCACGAAGGAAGCUUAUGUUUAAUCGAGUUGAUCCUGAUUCGGUAUGGUCUUGUCCGUCCUUAGUCUCAGGUCAAACUAAACUCCCGCGAUCUUCAACUUAUGCUGACAUGUCACGUAAAACGGAUAACAAGAUUAAACAAAAACCAUCGCGUGUAGAUCACAAUGAGCGCGAACUACCGAUCAGAUUACUAGCUGACGCGGACAGUUUAUUCAUGGUUUGGAACACUCUCACAAUUCAUUACAAACUUAACAUACCAAACCCACCAUCGCGCACACUAUCGUCAACAACUCUACUCGAUAACCCAUCGUUAAAUUCGGUUACAAAAACCCAACAUCAUCUUAAAAAGAGUUAUAGCAUUCAGUUUCAAGAUUCAUCUCUAUAUGCUCCAUUAUUAGAUGGAACAAAUUCUCAUGAAGAAAUGUCAGUUCUUAAUGUGGAUGAAGGAAAUAUUAAUGGGUAUUUUUCGAGUAAAACCGCACUAAAAGUUCCGGAUGUAAGUGGGAAAUUUGGGGUUGUUUUAGUACAUGGUUUUGGCGGUGGAGUGUUCUCGUGGCGACAUGUAAUGGCGGUGAUGUCGCGGCAGGUAAAUUGCGUUGUUGCUUCGUUUGACCGUCCUGGUUGGGGGUUGACUUCUAGACCGAGGCGAGAUGAUUGGGAGGCGAAUAAGUUGGCUAAUCCUUACAUGCUUGAUACACAGGUUGACAUGCUGAUUUAUUUCUGUAAAGAAAUGGGAUUUUCUUCUGUGGUGCUUGUUGGUCAUGAUGAUGGUGGUCUUCUUGCACUAAAGGCUGCACAAAGAGUCCAGUCAUCAACAAAUCCUGUUGAUGUUAAAAUUAAAGGGGUAGUAUUGCUUACGGUAUGCUUAUCGAGAGAAGUGGUUCCCGGAUUGGCUAAAAUACUCAUGCGCACAACUUUUGGGAAGAAAAACUUGGUUCAUUCGUUACUCAGGACCGAAAUCGGUCAAGUUGUUAACCGAAGGGCGUGGUAUGAUGCGACCAAACUAACGACCGAUGUUUUAAGCCUCUACAAGGCGCCGCUAUACGUUGAAGGCUGGGAUGAAUCGUUGUAUGAAAUCGGUAAAUUAUCAUCCGAUACGGUCCUUACAGAAGAAAAUGCAUCCUCAUUGGUGAAAGCAGUUGAAGACACUCCAGUUAUGGUUAUUGCAGGAGCUGAGGAUGCACUUGUUUCUCUCAAAUCUGUUCAAACCAUGGCAUCUAAGUUUGUAAAUUCUAGACUAGUUGCGAUAUCGGGUUGUGGUCAUCUUCCUCAUGAGGAGUGUCCCGAGGUGUUACUUGCAGCAAUGUUACCGUUCAUCAGUAAACUAUCGAGUAAGGGAGAUAAAUAGUUUGUUUCUUCUUUUUAAUGAAGUUUUGUUGUAGGGUUUGUAUAGUGUGGUUCAACUGCAAUCACCUCAAACAUCUCUCUCUCUCUCUCUAUGUGUGCAUUUGUAUAUGUAAAUAUCCUGUUAAUUACAUGUACCCAAGUUAUCAUUAAUUUUCAGAAUACU